AUGGCGAUCAAGCACAAUCAGCAGAUUCCGAACAACCACUUCCGCAAGCAGUGGCAGCGGCGUGUGCGGUGCCACUUCGACCAGCCCGGCAAGAAGGUCACCCGCCGCCUGGCCCGCCGUGCGAAGGCUGCUGCGGUCGCUCCCCGCCCGGUCGACAAGCUCCGCCCGGUUGUCCGAUGCCCUACCAUCAAGUACAACCGCCGGACACGCCUCGGCCGCGGCUUCACGCUGGCUGAGCUGAAGGCGGCCGGCAUUCCUAAGCUCUACGCGCCCACCGUCGGCAUUGCCGUCGACCACCGGCGCCAGAACCUGUCCGAGGAGAGCCUGGCUAUCAACGUCCAGCGGCUGAAGGAGUACAAGGCCCGCCUUAUCGUUUUCCCCCGCAAGUCCAACAAGCCUAAGAAGACCGAUACCCCCAAGGACCAGCAGACCGCCGAGACGACACAGCGCAUCGCCGCUUCGUUCGGCGUCGAGAACCCCAUUGCUUCGGCCUUCAGCGAGAUCUCGAAGAGCGAUAUGCCCAAGGGCGUCGAGGGCGGUGCCUACAAGGCGCUCCGCAAGGCGAGGUCGGAUGCCCGCCUUGUGGGUGUCCGGGAGAAGCGGGCGAAGGAGAAGGCCGACGAGGAGAAGGCCAAGAAAUAG